AUGCUGUUGCUAAAACUCACGCUCGUUAUUCUGAUUUCGGCGAUUGGUGAGAGGACAAUGUGUUCAGAUUCUGGCCCAGCUCUACAAGCGAAAGAAAAGGAAAAGGAACUCGAAUCCCUGCUUCAAGGAUCGUUGAUAACUGAAUCUUCUGAUGGGUGCACCUAUCAGUUAUUACCCUAUUUUGAGAACGAAAUGGAUAAUGGUUUCCUGUACGUAAAUUGUACAAAAUCUUGCCCGGAGGGACAACAUGAAACUGCUGUGACUGGAAACGAAUGUGUCGUAACGGCGACGCCUUCAAAGAACGAUGAAGUUGACGUUACAGUGGGAUCUUGUGAUGGCGGAUCCUGCAAACCUGGCUCCAAGCAUAUUACUGUGUCGCUAUCGGACGACGAAGAGGAGGAAGAAGCAUGGGAUUUCCUCGAGCUCGCUUUCUGCAAAGGAAAAAUCCCUCAUCAUCAUUACUAUAUUCAUUAUUAA